GACACCGGAAGUGGGGAAGGCGGCGGAGGGGCCGGAGGAAUGCGGCGCGGAGAGGCGGCGCCGGGCUCGGGAUGAGCUGGAGGGCGCGCAGGUGCGCGCAGGGGCGCGGGCGGGCGCCGCUGGGCCAGGGCUCGGGGGGCCCGUCGUUGUCCUUGCCGCCGCCCUCGCCCCCGCCCUCCCCGCGGCCCCCCUCGCCCCCGCCGCCCGCAGCCGCCCCGGACUCCCUGCCCGCCAGCACUGCCCCCGCCUCUUGCAGCUCCGGCCCCUCGUCCUCGUCGUCGUGGACCGGCGGGGAGGGCCUGUUUAGUUGGGUGCGCGGGCGGCAGCUGGGCCGCGGGGGGCGCUGCGUGGAGCCGGCCAGGGAGACCUUCGGGGCCAUGACGGGCCUCUACGGCGCCAUCCAGCCCGCCGACUCCGUCUCCCCCAUCACCCGCACCCACGGCGCCGUCUUCAACCUGGAGUACUCCCCCGGAGGGUCAGUCCUAACAGUCGCUUGUGAACAGACUGAAGUCCUACUUUUUGAUCCUAUCUCUUCAAAGCACAUCAAAACUCUCUCCACAGCUCAUGAGGACUGUGUAAAUAAUAUCAGGUUUCUUGAUAACAGGCUGUUCGCAACAUGUUCUGACGACACUACCAUAGCACUUUGGGAUCUGAGAAAGUUGGAUUCAAAAGUGUGCACUUUACAUGGUCACACCAGCUGGGUCAAGAACAUUGAAUAUGACACUAACACAAGACUGCUAGUCACAUCUGGAUUUGAUGGGAACGUUAUCAUUUGGGAUACCAACAGGUGCACAGAAGAUGGCUGCCCCCACAAGAAGUUCUUUCACACUCGCUUUCUCAUGCGCAUGAGAUUGACCCCAGAUUGUUCCAAAAUGCUGAUCUCAACUUCCUCUGGGUAUCUUCUGAUCUUGCAUGACCUUGAUUUAACCAAAUCUUUAGAGGUUGUCAGUUACCCCAUUUUGAGAGCCAGGAGAACCACAUCCAAUUCAGAUCUGGCAUCUGCCACCUCAUCUGGACCUAGGAGUUCCGGGUCACCAGGUCAUCAGGGAGAUUCAAGCCCCAUGUCUGAGAAACACACGGUACGAGCCACCCAGCGAGAAGGUGGAUCUCCGCGCAAUAGCCUUGAGGUUUUAACUCCAGAGGUUCCUGGAGAAAGGGACCGGGGGAACUGCAUCACUUCGCUGCAGCUGCAUCCCAAAGGGUGGGCAGCACUUCUCCGAUGCUCAAGUAACACUGAUGACCAAGAGUGGACUUGUGUCUAUGAAUUCCAAGAGGGAGCCCCCGUGCGGCCAAUUUCCCCUCGCUGUUCCCUCCGAUUGACUCAUUGCAUUGAGGAAGCCAACGUGGGCCGGGGCUAUAUCAAAGAACUCUGUUUCAGCCCCGACGGCAGGAUGAUUGCCUCCCCGCACGGCUAUGGAAUCCGCUUGUUGGGGUUUGACACCCAGUGCAGCGAACUGGUGGACUGCUUGCCCAAAGAAGCAGCCCCCUUGCAAGAGAUCCGCUCGCUCUAUUCACACGGCGAUGUGGUCCUGACCACCAAGUUUUCCCCAACACACUGUCAGAUUGCCUCUGGGUGCCUUAGUGGUCGCGUCUCUUUAUAUCAGCCAAAGUUCUAGGUACCUCUGGCCUUGAAAGGAACAUCUAGUGUUUGUUUUUUUAAAUUACUUCAGUUUAGUUGGAGUAUUCAUUUUUUAAGAAAAAAAAAUCUUGUAAUCUUGGAGUUCCUCUGAUUCCUGAAAAGAUUGAAAGUUUUAGUCCCGCCCUUUACAUGAGCGUGUAUUUGUUUGUUGUGACUCUGAAUUUGCACAUCGUACUUUUGUGCAUUCUCCCCUUUUACUCCUGCUUAUUCCACUGAUGCUGUCUGGAUAGAACACGGUGGCAUCCAUAAGCCUGUCUUUCUGUAUGACUGUUUGUGCGAAAGAGGGUUUGGGAGGAAUUGAUGUCCAUCUUUCCCUGAACUGGACUUCAGCUCCCUUAUCUCUUCUUGGGUUCUAGAUUUUGCUGUAUCUUCUUCUCUACCUAGAUUAUGAAACAGUUCUCUUGCACACUACCUUAGCUACAUGCCACAGAGGCAUUUAUUGUUUUUGUGAACAACUCAACAAAAUGAUUUAAUCACAUUUUGCUAUUCUGCUGUAGUUCUGUUAGCUGACCUAAAAAUUGUACCCUUAUGCAUUGUGCAGCCAUCACCCAAGACUGGAAGCACAGUUUCUCUUCCUUGGUUGCUAAAGAAAAACUGGAUAACUUAACAUUUGUCCUCACAGGUCUUGCAUAGGAGCACCUUUGUAGUAUCAUUGGACAUUGAUUGGAAUCAAUGUUUGAUCUCUUAGUAAGUGCCCAAACACUUGGGUUCACAGUCUAGCAGGACAUUCUCUGCAUAAGAAAAUAAAUAAGAGCUAUGGAAGUUUCAAAGCUCUGGAAGAGGUUCACAGUUCAGUGAGGCCUGUACAAGAGAACAUGCUGCUGAAUUGUGGCGUAAACCUUUGAUGGAUCUUUGUUACUGCAAAAGUCUUGAGCGAAUAAAAUAUUUUACUUAAUACGAAAUUGAAUGUUGCUCAGUGCUCUUCUGAUUUACAGAGGGACUAAUGUUAGUUGGCUUAUAACUGAUGUGCCUUGAAAGUCACAAAAUUAUGCGAAUUCAUCUAUGAGCAGGCCUAGUGCAGGUGGGCAGACAUUUUGCCCUGCUGUAAGCUGCACAGCUUACCAGUCAUGUAUAUAAAGAUCAGCCAAAAAGUUGUUGAAAUGAUAAGUUUUCUCCUCUGGCAGUAACAACAUACUGGCACAUCCUUUGGCAUUGUUUCUGCCGCUAUUCAUUGAAAACACUUUUUACCAUGUUUUUCCACUGCAGAUACUGUACUUAUGUGAAAUAAACCAAGUAAUCAUCAACUUGUUUUGCUUUGUUCUUGAUGGAAGGUGUACAUAGCACACCUAUUCACCAAGACCUGUUUUUGAAUGAGUUUGUAGUGACUUUGCUCCAUCAUUGUCCUCAGUCAAACAUUGAGCAGUUCAGUUCAGAAAACUGGUUGUGGAAAAAGAUGCAGGAAGUGGUGGGCCUUUGACUCUCAAAAUUAAAAAAGAGAAACCAAUCAAACUGGAAUCCAGCCCCCUGAGCUUCCAUUGAAGUAUAGUGGUCAAACUGAGCAUUUGAGAUGGAUCACUCAUUUCAGUGUGAUGUGAUCAGCUGCCCAUAAAAAAGUAUCAGCUUUCUGAGUUUUUUGAUUGUUUGUAUAUGUUUUAAUAAUCUGUUUUGGAAAAGGUUGCAAAAGAUUGAAGAAGCUUCAAUAAAAUCACUGCUAUAGUUAAAUGUAGAAUCCUUUCUAUAAUAGAACCAACAAAGAGAGCCAGCAGGGAAUAUAUGUUGCCUCAGUUCUACUGUGUUUAGCAUCCUGAAAUCAUAUGGGAAGGUGAUGUGUUUUAAUUGGAAUAAUAGUCAUGUUAUUUGGCUUGCUGAUUUGGACAGGAGAAGGGAGCUGCAGGUAUAGGAGAAUGCUGCAGGGAUUUUGGGAAAGAAGCACUCUGUGAUAUUUUGCCUUUUGAUGUAGCAGUGUACAGAAUUAUUAUUAUUUACUGUACUUGUACCUAAGUGCACCAGCAACUCAAAAGAGCCAUUGCUGUUUGAGAUUAGAAAUCAUUUGGUCCCUGUCUGAUAAAUAAAAAAACCUCAUCCAUGAGAGAAGUGCUCAUGUAUUAACCACUCUGAAAAGUUUGGAGACCCAGAAAAUGACUCUUAACAAGGAUUAGUUUUAAAGAAAUUGAAACAUUGAUUUCAGCAAUAAUUAAGUGCCAUAGGUUAAAAAAAACUUUUAAAAUCAGUUCAAAGAUGCUAGCAUUGUAGGAGGCUAUAAAAAGGAAUAUUAACUUAUGUACAAUUUGACUGAUAAAUAUAUUGGCAAAUAUAGUUCAGGGGUUUUUAAGAUCACUCUUUCUUAAAACAACACCCUAGUAUAUUAAUAUCUCCUUUUUCUACUGGGUUACUUUAAACAAGAAAGAUAUGCAUUUCCUUUCCCUCCCAAAGUGAAAUCAUACCUGCAGUUUAUGCUUGAAAAGUUGUACUCACUUGUUCUAUCAAAAUGUGUCCUUGUAGUUUUCAAACGUUGGAUAAUUACCUUAUUUAUUUAUUUUAAUAUGCCAGUUUUGCAGGGAUAAGAUGUGUCUUGACCACUCACUUCCUCCGCUUCACUCCCAUCUUACACUAAAUGUUACCCUCUCUUUGCUUUCCAUAUAGGAUCAGUGCUGAAUGGGAGUAAACCCACACACUGCUAGCGUAAUUUUGGGAGAGGAUGGGAUAUAAUAAAUGCUCUCCCCUGGAGAAAAUACUAUGAUGUAUCUGUACAUCCUUUUUGGGGAAAAGAAAUUUCUGGUUGAAACUUCACCUAGAGCUGAGCAGUUGCAUAUGUUUGUGUGUACUUUGGCCUGUUGAACUACAUGAGAGCUGAGGAGCUUAUCUUAGGGUACUUCCACACAACCAUAUAACCCAGAAUACCAAGGCAGGAAAUCCCACAAUAUCUGCUUUGAACUGGGUUAUCUGAGUCCACACUGCCAUAUAUUACAGUUCAAAGCAGAUAUUGUGGGAUUUCCUGCCUUGAUAUUCGAGUUAUAUGUCUGUGUGGAAGGGCCCUUAGAGGUCUCUUACAGUGCCGUAUAACUAGGUAUUUCUCUUUCAGCAUUUUCUUCCUAAGCAAUAGCCAACUGUGUCUCUGUCUCAUUCUUGGUUCUUUGCAUCCACACCAGUAAAAUCUGUCGCUAUCCAUUUGUGACAUUCAUGUAUCUGUCUUCAGAAAAUGUUAACAUCUAAUAAGAAAGAAGGCUAUGAUGAGCUUCAUGGCUAAAAAUUUGAUCAUGUGACAGUAGAGUUUUGUACCAUUUUAAAGAUAGAUUGUAAGCUCAGUUUUCCAAAAAGUGAGCUCACUUUCGUGGUAUGGCAGGGGAGGCCAUCAGACUGUGUUUUAUAUAAAGGGAAUUCCAGCAAAAGACAACCAGGCCUCUGUGCAUUCUUCCCAGUUUACUGACAGGUGGGUUUGACAUUCUGCAUCCAUGUCUUCUUUUUCCUGCACCUGACAUUUCUUCGUAAAUUUUUUCAUUUUGUCCUAAGUUACAUUUCCAGUAUUUCAAACAUUUGAUAACCAAUGAGAUAAUCAUGUGGGCACCGAUCCAUGUUUUUUAUACAAACUCCAAAAAUACUUGUUCUUUAUAUUCCCUGUCUGGGCAUCUUCCAGAUGUGUUGGGCUACAACUGCCUUUAUCCCUGGAUGAAGAAAUGGCUGGGGAUAGUCAGAGUUGUUUUGACUUUUUGAAGGCAAACAUUUGGGGAAGACUGGCUAAGAGAAACAGCACUUGCCAUUCUUGGUUCAUUCUUAAGUUACUGGUAAAUGGUGAUCCGUGUAUGCAGCUUUAUUUCUGUGCUAAAGGAGAAACUAUCAUGAAAAAUAAACCCAAACACUUAUUUCUUUGAGAAAAUAGCUAGAAAUUUGGUUUCUCUAAGGUUAUAUUUGAGAUGAACAAUGCCUUUCUGAAGUGUUUGUGUGUCUGCUUGCUGAUGGCAAGCCCAUUUUUGAGCAUUUUAGUUGCUUCACUGAGUUCAAACACUGUACUUUCCACACAUAAAAUGAAAGGAUGCCAAUGAAUGUCUGAUUUGAAAGCCCAGUAAUUUUGCUAAGAGUCUUUGUGGGGUUUUAAAAAGAUGGUGCUGCUGAGUCAGAAAUGAAAGGAUAGAUUCUCGCAGAGUCCUUACAAUGCAAAAUCUCUGGAGCAUAGCCCUUUCUCAAACUCCAGGGUGGUAGUGGAAUUGAGUUGGUUGUCAUAUGUACAGUGGUUGGGAAAGUAAGAUUCCAAACUUUUUUUUAUUAGAUUACAUGUAACUUUCCUGUCAAUAAGUAAUGCUUCAGGAUGGUAAGCUCUUAAAAUAGUAUUUAUGCUCUGUGACUUUUCAAUACGAGAAAAGCUUUUUAUAUGGAAAUGUCUGUCAAUAUGAUUUCCAAUAUGCAGACCAGUUUUCAAAUACUAAAACAGUAAACUUUGUACUCCUUGUAUAACAUGCAAUAAAGUAGAUUUCUGCACUCAAGUGGUAUUUUACAACCUGUCUAAAUUAUGCAAAUCGAACCAAUCUCCAGAAUUUAUUUCUUUGCAUAAUUCAGAUGUGAAUAGAACUGUAGCUUGUAAAUUAAGCUAGAUGUUUUGCAUGCAAACUGUUCUAGGCGGACCCCACACAUUACUCACUGAAAAACUUUGGAUAGUAAGUGAUGCGAAAUACCUCUCCCUGAGACCUUGGAAAGCUUAAACUAAUCAUAACACAAAAUAAUGCUCUACAUGGACCAAUGGAGAAGGCAUUUUCAAAUGUUCAGAUAGCACUGGAAGCACCAGAGCUCUGAACUCUAUUCCCAACAACUUGACAAUCAGCUUCCUCACUGACUUCUGAGGUUUUGUCUGCUGUCCACUGUGUUUCAAGCUUAUUGUUGCAACCAUUAAAUGUUAAAAACAUUUCCAUUUUAAAAGCAGAAGCCCACACAACAGAACUCUAGUAUGCAUCCCUUUUGAUGCAUUGCUGCCUAGAAUAUGAAGACAUUAUUCAAAACGCAGGUGGCAAACAAUCAUGGAUUCUCUUUUCUAGCAGAGACAAUACUGUGUUUCAGAACUCAUCUUAUGGUCUGUUAAUAUGCACUGAUUUGUUAAAAAAAUUCUACCUCAUUACAUGCUCUUUCAAAAAAAUGUAUUGUGAUGUGAGUCAUUAAUCUGUAUAAGUACAAAACGCACCCCAUUUUGUAAUGCAUACAGAUCCUUUUGAAAUUGCAUGGUAACGUCGUCGUUAGAAUAAUGAACAAAAUAGAGCUGCCCCUGGAGGCAAAGAUUAGUGAACACACCAUGUUUGUGACCCUUCAUAGUGUGGUGUAAAAAUCAACUUUUGUAUUAUAUUCUUGCAUAACUUUUCUGAUUUAUAUUUGCAGUAAGCACUAUUGUAUUAUUAGAUGCACAUUACAAAUAUUGUUAGAUUUUAAUCGUGUUUUGAAUGCUUUCAAGGUAAUUUAUAAAAAAAAAUUGCAGAGUUGUUCAGUGACAUUUUAUUGAUCAAUACAACUCAUAUCCUUGUAUUAGAAUUUGAAAUACCACCCCACCAUGCCUUUUAAAUUGAGCAGCCAAGUCUUGCAGUGUGACUCUUUGGAUAUUAAUUUUAAUAUUUAUUCCAGUCUAAUAAGAACAAAGCUGCUAAAAUAGCUGAUAAAAUAUAAUACCCUAAUUUUAUGCAUGGAUGUUCCAAAUUCUUUAGAUAUAAGUCAUGUCAGUCCUGGAUAAAUACAUAUUGAAUCUUGCUGUAUUGGUUCAGACCCCUUUCUUUUCUCUUUGGAGUGACAUUCUUCCCAUCAAACCCUGGGAAACAUGUAGCUCAGUGAAUGUAUCUGGACUCCAGCUCCCAUCAGUCCUGGUCAGACUCUCUUGCUGCCCUGUAGUUUAUAUUAGCUAGACAGCUAAAGUUUUAACAAUUGUUAAAAUGUUUUAGAUGCUUUAAAUGCAUGAUUUUGUUUCAUGUUUAAUGUACCAUAACCUUCCAAAGUAGCGACUUAGCACCAGAAGCAGCUGAACUAGCACUCGUCAGCAAAUAAUUCUUAACUUUUUAUUAAAAACUGCCAAAUUGUUGGCCGUUUCUCAAAUAUCCCACUAGAGGUCAGGCUUAAUUGCCAGAACUGCUUGAUCAGGGGAAGGAAUUUAGAGGGAAUUUAGAAUGGAAGCUCUUUAUUCAAUCAUAAAAUGGAUUUCUCUCUUCAAAAUGAAGCAUCAACCCUUACUGCCUCCCAGGCAAUUCUAGUUGAAACUCAUUAUGGUUAGAUCUCCUGUUUUUUAAAAAAAAUAACUGUUGUGUCCCUAGUUGAGAGAGUCAAGUCAGUUCUGGUUAAGUCCCAUUGAAACCAGUGAGCCUAUUUAUGGUGAUUUCACAGAGACUAUAACACCAGAGCCAAAAUGAGUGUAAAUGUUGCAAAUGUCCAAUUCCUUCUCGUGUGAGCUUUUCAAACAUUUGACUAUGGCGAUUGUAAAAAGAUCCACAGUGGUGAGCAAGAGUCCUUCAAAAAAACUACUUGACCACCGCUGUGAUCUUUCUUUGAAGUGCAAAACCACAAGAGGAUGUUGGCUGCUCCAGAAAUUGCACUUUCCAUUCAUAAUGGCGAAGCCCAACUGUGCCUUGUAUGAACUGAGUGUUCAUCUAUAACAAAGCCCAGAAGUCCCUGCAUUACGCAGAGGUUCUCUGGCAAACAUGCUGAAGGCCCUGGCAGGCAAACCCAUGUAAAAAGGCAGAAAGUUUGAAAGGAACGGUGGCUUAUGUAUACCAGCUCUGUAACAGCUAUUAGUACUGUUAGCUACUAAAUACCUUUGCAUGUCUGUUAUCAAAUAUCAAUAAUCUCUGAAGACUGGAAUAUUCAAUGAUGAAUCUGUUUGGACAGUCUGAGAUGGGCUUGGAAAAACAAAUUACUUUCAGCUUUAAGUGUAAUAAAAAUACAAUCUUAAAUGCACGCAUUCAGCAAUACGCCCUGAAUCGAGGUAUUUUUUUGUUUAUUAUUUUGGUAUAUCCUUAAACAAUGGAUGUUAAGAGGAGAAAUAAAAAAUCUCAAAUGUGGCCAGUCUUAUCAUCUACAAAAGCCUAUAUUCGUCCAUAUAUUUUUGGAGAAUCGGUGCCCAAAAGGCUGCAUAUAGGUCCAACCUCCACUUUCAGUUAAUCUAGAACUUAUAAAUGCAUGUGUUUCAUUGGUCAAAAGGCAGGUCAAAAAGUAAAAUCGUCUAUGUGCACUAACUGUGGAGUAAGAUCUGUUGAAUUCAGCAAGAUGCCAAUUUAAUCAAGCCAUGUCUAGGAAUUAGCAUUAUCAUUUAAAAGGGAGUAGAAGGAAAAGGCCUCUAUCUCUACUGUCUUUCCAGGAUUAUUAUUAUUAUUACCAUAUUAUAUGUUUCUUAUUAUUUAAUAAUAAUAAUAUGUUUAUUAUUUUUAUUAUUAUGUUUAUUUAUAUCCCAAUUUUUCUCUCCAUAGGGAGACUCAAAGCAAUGCGUUGUUGAAGGCUUUCAUGGCCAAAAUCACGGAGUUGCUGUGAGUUUUCCAGGCUGUAUGGCCAUGUUCCAAAAGCAUUCUCUCCUGAUGUUUUGCCCCCAUCUAUGGCAGGUCUCACAACCUCUGUGGGCGAAAAAUCAGGAGAGAAUGCUUCUGGAACAUGGCCAUACUGCCUGGAAAACUCACAGCAACCCAGACUCAAAGCAGCUUGCAUUGAAAGUAUCUCAACACAAUUUAAAAUCUACAAAUAUACAAACAGUAAUUCUGUUUCAAUGUUUGUAUAUUUGUAGAUCUUAAAUUGUAUUGAAAUGCUUUCAAUGUAAGCCACUUUGAAUUUCCUUGUGGAGAGAAAAAGUGGGUUAUAAAGAAACAUAAUAAACAUAGUAUUCUUAAUAAUCCUGGUUCAGAAAGAUAAGAGGCUCUAUGCCACUACUCCCUUUUAAAUGAUAAUUAUAGAAUAGCAUUGGGUGCAACCUGGAGACCACUUUAAUAUUUAAAUCCUAAAUGUCCCAAAGAAGGUGUGUUGAAAGGGAGUUGAAAGACAGACUGCCGAAGUAUCUGUUAAGCUCUAUCUUCAGUUUGUUUGAUUUGCAUCUUUAUUUGGAAAUUGAUUUGCAGCAGCAGCAGCUUAUUAGAAUACCGUAUCUUUUCAUCCAAUUCAUUUAAAAAAAUAGGGAAGUUCAAAUGAGUGCAUGUAAUACAUUUACAAAUUUUGAGAUUUCAUUAUAAAGGAUGUAAAUUUGACACCCAGUACUCUAGUGCGAUAUGUCUAAAUAACAUGUAUUUACUUGUAUAAGAGUGACUUUAAUGUUUGAACAAUUUAUCCUUGUAUAAUAAACACUUUACAACUUCA